CAUAUUGAAAAAUCGGAAAGGAGUAGUGAACUUUGAAUCAAAGCAAACCUUCGUAAGUGGUAUUCGUAAGUGAAUGUCGGAGAGAGGUGAAUGUCAGGCCCUUCCUAUCCAAAUCAUCCGUAAGUCGGAGAGAGGUAUCGACUCUAACCACACUAGCAUGCACAAAUUUAAAAGGUUUGACAACUAACUUGAGCGUCUUACCUUUUAUUACCUCACAUUUGACGACACCAUCAAUUUGCUUCACAUCACUUUCAUCCGUCACAAUCCUUUCAACAUCUUCCAAAAUAACCUCGGAGUCUUUAGCAUGUUAGAACGUCCCUGGGCAGCUGGCAUGGUCACAGAAGACCCCUGGGCAUGUUUCUGCCCUGCAAACCCGAUCAUGUGUGCAUCCGAGCGGGUAGGGAGCAGGCUCAGGCUCCUGGGCAGCAGUCAAUGUAGUUUUUUCAGUAUUUUCAGGGGACCCGGUCGGGCCAGGGGAAUACCCGGUCGGGUAUCCCUGAGCAGCAGCUACUGGCCGACUAUCCACCAUUCCAAAAUCCUCAAUUUUGUCAUAAUUUUGUUCUUUCUCCCUUUCUUCAUCAACCCGUUUGACUAGCUUAUUACAAAUAAAAGGGUUGUGCCCAUAUUCCUCACAAUGAAAACAAUAAUUAGGAAAAGUUUCAUAUAAUAACUUUGUUUGAUUACCUUUUGGGAAGGUAGUCAUAUAAGAAAACAUAGCGGUGGUGGCUUUGAAACAUCAACUUCUAUUAACACUCUAGCAAACCUCUCUUGAGUGAUCUUGUCCGUAGUUAUUGGGACCCCAACCAUAGAGACUACCUCACUCAUAGCCUCAUCAUUCCAUAACUUCAUUGGUAAUUUAGGAAACUUAACCCAAAUUAGUAUCUUUAGAAAUUCUUCAUCCUCAAAAGAGAAAUCUUCUGAGUAUUUUUCGAGCAUUAGGAGUUUCCCAAAAGCGGUGUAUGAUCCCUCAUGUAGUACCUUCAUUCUAUCCUCUUCACUUUCGAAUUUGAAAAUUAUCCAACCCCUAUUGUGGGACCUCCCUAGACAUUUCACACCCCACUUAGUUUUCAUGUCAUGAAUCACUUUGAGUCCGGAGAAUUUUCCGGUGAAGUGUCCAACUAGACAAUGGUCCCACAUUUCAACCAUAGAGGGUAAAACUUGACCACCAAAGUCCAAAAUUUCUCCUUUAGGAGGGACCGCCAUGCCUUGGGUCACGAUCCCAGGUUGUUUUUGCUGAGGCUCAAUCUGCCCAAUUUUCAGGCCUGAAUCAGUCGCAGCAGGUGUAGUUUUGAUAGCCCCAGCUUCUUCCCCAUUCAUAUUGACACUCAUUCCAGCCUCUAUUACAGUUACAGUAGGUGAGACUUCCCUUUUAGCACGUGAAAUUUCAGCAGCAGGGAUUCUUUUCUUUGUCUUCUUCGCGGGGAUGCCGGACAGCAGCAGGGAUUCUUUUCUUUGUCUUCUUCGCGGGGAUGCCAGACAGCAGCGCAGGGAACUCCACAUCUGAGUCCUGAAGUACUGAGAAGGUGGACCUGGUAGUCCUUGCCCUGGACGCAUUCCCCAGUCCCCGUACUUGUUUCGCAGACAUGGCAGACGCCCAAAACAGCAAAAUCGAAAAUGAACAGUAGCGAUUUCGAACUUCGUAUUUCCUCUAGGUUAAAAUUCAAGAACGGAAAUCACAGUAGGACAAAAAUGCAAUUCUAAUAACAGCAAAGUAUCAGAUUAGAAACCAAGAAACAUCGUUCGAAGUUCAACGAAUCGGAAAAACGAUGAAGCUCAUGAAUAGUAACCUUCGUACUUUGUCUUCUAUUUUUUCAAAAUUAUACCUUAAAAUCUCAUUCCAGUUUCAAAUAAAACUAGCGAGAAACACGAUUAAACACUCAGAAUUCCCAGAAUCGACACCUUCAUCAUCGCAAAAGAACUGGGACAAUUUUUCCCAGGGGAGAGAAGUUUUGGUAGGUAUAAUUUAUUCGGGCCUUAUGCAUACCAUAUUCAUUCACAUAUAUCAUGUGAUAUUAUUUACACGUGUUCCAUUUUCAUGCAGAAGCAAGGUGUUCACGAUGUGUAUCAGCUCGUCACCAACCAGGCGAGUUAUGAGGACAUUAAAGAAUGGCUACAAUGGUUGGCCCUGGGUGUAGGUGAUAAAGAGAUGCUCCACCGGGGCAUAUCUCAUUAUAAAGAUGGAGAUGAAGUGGAAACGAGCAAGAGGAUGAUGCAGAUGAAAAUGAAGGUGGGGAUGAGCAAUCACAACCGCCCCCUAAAUUCUCAACUCAUCAAGAAUGGGGGCUUGGAACACUGGCGGCGGGGACGGAGCAGGACCGAUCACACAACGUUAGAUGUAGUAUUAAAUUUAUUAUUGUAUGUACUAUCUAUUUAUUAAUAAAUUACAUUGAAAACUACAUUUGUAUUUUUCACUUCCAUUAAAAUUACAAAAAUUGCAUUUAAAACAAAAUCAAAUUUGUAUCUCAUUUUAUGAAUUUUAUUCACAAUACGGAUGGAUUAAAAAUUAAUACUCCCUUCGUUCCUAAAUAAACUUCACACUUUCCAUUUUAGGUAAGUCCAAAAUAAUCUUCAUACUUGUUUUCCCUUCCUUAUUUGACAAAUUAUCUACAUCAAAACAGUGCAAAACAGUGCCAACCAGUGUCAAGCAGUUCCAACCAGUGUCACAACAGUGUACUCUACAGUAAAGUCAAAUUUAUUUCCUUAAUUUGUGUGAAGUCAAAGUGUUAAGUUUA